GAACACAUUGAACAACUCAUGAAUAAAUCAUACCCACUGAACACAUUGGACAUCGAAGCGGCACCUACAAACGUUCUGUGUUAUCCACUCACGAGCAUCUUUAACAGAUUCUUCUCAACUAAUCUCAUACAGAAAAGUUGGAGAAAGAUAAAGAAAGUGUUUGGCAAUAAGAACGUAAAUUUUAGACCCAUAGCAUUAACUUCAUAUUUUCUUAAAACAAUGGAAAAAUUAUUGAUACUUCCGCUUCAACCUGCACUAAACUAGCAAAUUGAUCCAUAUCAGUUUGUUUAAAAACGUAAAAGAAGCUUCUUAGGUGCUGCUGUUGUUUUGUAUCAUGAUAUAGUGUGCAGCAUGGAAAUGGGUAAGAAGUAUGUUCCAUGGGUUUAUCUAAACCAUACGUCUGCCAAUGACUCGAUUUCAGGAAAACUUCUGCAAAAAAAGUUGAUCAGUGUUAAAAAUGACAACUAGAUAACCAACUGGUUAUGCUCCUACCCCUCUGGAAGGAAACAGAACACUGUGUUUGUAGGAAAGUGUUCGACGUCUCUAAUAUCUCAUGCAGGUGUGCCACAAAGAGCUGUUCUUUCACUCGUCAUCUUUUCUCCUCUAUUAUUCAUGAUCUGCCAUCCACCACAGAAAACACUUGUUAAAUAUGCGUACGAUCUCACUGUGUGUUCCGAUUUCGAUCAUUUCAAACACCCUUGAAAUGAAUGAGAUCUUGUGUCACAUUGAACGAUGGUCUGUUGUUAAUGGUCGCGCACCUGAUCGGACUAAAUGUCAAACUGUUAACUCAAACCAGAAAAAUGAACAGCACCUAAACAUCCUGUUAGAAUCCCGUAGAGGUUAUAACAUUGGUGAAUCUUUAUUAAAGGUCAUUUAUCUUGGUCAUUGGAACACAUUUUCUUGGUGUAUUGAUAAUGUUACAAAUGACAUUUGAAUGGCUCGCUUCAGCUACUGGUAUGCUAUAUGCAUUUUGUCCAAGUAUUAAAACUAAUGAGCUAUGGCUACGACUCAUUGUAUGUCAUAUGUGGAGUAGUACAUUUAUGUACAAUCUAUUCAUUAUGUUCAGCAAAUAUAACGUUAUGUCAAUGUUGAUAGAACGAUGUUUCCAACUAUUUUAUCCUAAUAAAAACAUACUCGACUAUCCGCGAACUGUCAUUGCAUCCUAUUGUUUCGCCAUGAUAUAUAUCACAGCAAUUAAUUUGAGAUUUACUGUCCUAGUCCAAAUAGAUACAAAUGGUAGAUGUGUAACUGUAGGACAAAAUCCUGCAGAUGAAUUCCAUCGUCAACAACUAUUAAUUUUCGGUUAUUUAUGUCUAGUAUUACUGUUGAUUUUACCGGCUAUUGUCAUAACAACUUGUUAUAUUCUAAUAUUAAUUCAUUACAUAAAAAUAAAACGUGCGAAUAAAAACUUCAGAGGUUUUAAUCCAUCAAAUCAACAGCAUAUUCUAACGUUACUCAUAAUUAUUUGGUCUUUCGAAUCAACGACAGCAAAUAUUUUAGAUAUGGUUAUUUUUUAUUAUUUUCAAAAUUAUGGUUACGUUGAAAAAUCACGUAUACUAUUCAGUGCAACUGAAUUAGUACGUAUAAUCUAUUUUGUUAGCCGAACACUUAGCUUAUUUAUUUUUAUUCAAGCAAUUCGUACCAAAUUCAUUGAACAUUUCACAUUUAUUACUGGUUCCUGUUUGAAAAUAUUUAAACGUCGUUGAAUGGGACAUCUUUUCAAAGUGAUAUGAACUUACUUAUUUUUCCAUAAAUGUUAAUCUAAUAAGUCUUAAUAUCUAACUAUUUCUUUAGAAGUAAAUCUUUAUGAACGUGAUCUGCUG